UUACAAAAUGUCGACACAAACUAUGGCCGAAACCACUACAACUACCACCACUGCCGCCGCCAACCGGAGGACACACAUACGUAUCGGUACCCGUAAAAGUAAACUGGCCAUGAUACAAACCCAUUGGGUGGUCAACCAGUUGCGGCAACUGUACGCUACCGAUGCCGAUGACGGCGGCUACGAGUUUACCAUCAAAUCGAUGACCACAACCGGCGAUAAUGUGUUGGACAGGCCGUUGGCCAAAAUCGGUGAAAAAGCUCUGUUCACUCGUGAACUAGAGGACGACUUGUUGGCCGAAAAUAUCGAUCUGAUUGUCCAUUCGCUCAAAGACUUGCCGACAACACUGCCCGACGGCUGUGCCAUAGCUGUGAUUACAAAACGCGAAAACUCGUCCGAUGCUAUCGUAUUGAAAUCGGGACUCAAUUUGGACAAUCCGUUUGAUAUAUUGUCGCCUAAUUGUCACCAAAUCAACGAAAACGUUACUAUCGGUACGUCAUCGCUGAGACGGAUCGCCCAAUUGAAACACUUGAAUCCCGACAUCCGAGUUGUCGAUAUACGCGGAAAUCUUAACACCCGACUCAGCAAACUGGACGACCCAACUAGCGGUUAUUCGGCAUUGAUUUUGGCAUCGGCCGGACUCAUACGAGCCGAUUACGGCCAUCGUAUAUCUGGCCAGUUACUUGAUAAUUGGUACUAUGCUGUAGGUCAGGGAGCAUUGGCUAUCGAAACCCGUACGGAUGACCAGUUUAUUAUGGAUCUAUUGAAACCGUUGAUCCAUUUGAAGACUACUUGCGAAUGUCUGGCCGAACGUACUUUUAUGCAACAACUCGAAGGCGGCUGUUCUAUACCGAUAGGUGUCCGUUCAGUUUGGACUACCGGUGCCGACGAUAACGAUGCUAACUGUGUGCUAACAUUGGAGGGCGUAGUGAUGAGUCUGGACGGCCGCAGCCGAGUUGACGGUAAAGUUAGCCGCAAUUUGAAUCGUAAAUUAGAUAACAAACUGCCAGACCUGACAACUAUCGAUCGAUCGGUCUGUCCGUUCAACUAUACAGGUAUAGCUGUCGGCCAAUUUACGGAGGCGGCGACGGCGGCCAACCAGUUGGCCAACAGUGCAAUGAUUGGCUACGAUUUGGCCCAGGAUUUGCUCGGAUUGGGCGCCAAAGAUAUAUUAGACGAUAUCAAACUUAAUAGCAAUUGA